AUGAAGUCAGGAUUUGCUCUUGCGGCUCUUGCCUUUGGUGGCAUGAGCUUUGCCCAAUCAACCGUCCUUGCCACUUCCGCUGUUGAGAUCGAUGGUCAAACUACAACACUUCUCGGCAACAUUGACCCUUCAGAUAUUGCUGCUAUUCCUGAGCCCGCCGUGCUUGGGCCCCCAAUUGGUGUUGUCGAAAGCGUUCCUUCGGCUACAUACAACGCUGCUGCGGCGACCGCCUCACUCCUUGCCGCCGUUGUGGCAGCUACUGAUGCUCAAACUGCUGUCAUUGCGCCUGAGAGCACUGCUAUCGCUGCGUCCAAGUCUGUCGUGCCCGUUUCGUCAGAAGUUGCUGCUGCACGUAAACGCUCAUAUGUUGGUGGUCUUUCGGGCAACCUUCAUCGCCGCGACUUGAGCUAUCCUGUUGAUACCUCAAAAUACAAUGUACCUUCUGGCUACACACCGGCAUUUGUCAACCUCCAGGGUUCGACUCAGGCCAACGGAUAUUUGACCUACAAGACAUUGUCGACCUAUGACCCUCAGCAAUGUACUUCCGCCUGUGACAAGAUCAGCUCGUGUCAAUUUGCCAACAUCUAUUACGAAAAGGAUCCCGACAGCAAGAACAACCCUGUCGAUGUCAUCAAGUGCUCUCUCUACAGCAUGCCUCAAACUAACUCUACCGCAACCAACAAGGGACAGUGGCGUGGCUCGUUCCACGUUUUGGUCACUGGUAGCAACGGUUACAACAAGGCUGCUGCACCCAAGGCCCCUGCCGGUUACUCUCUACAGACUCUUCCCGCCGCUGUUAACGCCCCUGUCUAUGAUAGCGCGGGUCAAUGGAGAUUCAUCCAACCUGUUUACCUCAGCUCCUACGACCCUGCUCUCUGCGCUGCCGCUUGUGACAAGCAGACUGCAUGGGACAAAUCUCAAGCUACUGACAGCUGCAACUACAAGACUUGUGUUUAUGCAAACAUGUACAUCUUGUCGCAGGAUGGAGUUCCAAAGACCGUUGUUUGUGCUCUCUACACCGAUGUCACUGAUCCAAAGUACGCCGACAACUACGGCUAUUCUACCGAUACCGACUCCUACCAGGUCUCAAACUCGAUCGCCCUGACCAACACCACUGCUGUUAAGGCUGGCUACCCACAAGUGUGUGCAGCUUCGUCCGGCGAUAUCUCGUACCUAAACUCGACCGGAGCCGCUUUCUGCACGAGCUACCUCGGAUACGUUGCGCCCACAACAACCAUCAAGACCACAGUCACUCCUGGUGCCUCCACCGUCUUCGCCACUGUCACUAAUGUGGUCACCGUCACCUCGGUCUACUCUACCUCUACCCAGACCGUCACUGCAGCUGCAAAGAAAUCGAAGCGUCAAGCGAAUGUGAAAAUCAUCACAACCACCGUCGAGCUGCCAUUUAUUACCGUUAGUGGCAACGAGACCGUGGUCGACUAUCUGACUAGUACCUUGACCGUCAACGCCGUUUCCACUUCUGGAGCCGUCAUCACUCCUGCCACAGUUGACCCUGCAGCAACUGCUGCUGCUCUUGCCAAGCGUGGCGCCAUCCCUACUCCUUCUUCUAUUCUCUACUGGCCGUCUUCAAAAAUUUCGUCUGCUUGUUCGCAGAUUGCUACCGGCACUGUCACCAGCACACAGACUGUCACUGUAUCUGGAUCUGUUGUCACCGCUGGCGCUACUUCAAAGGUGUCGUCAACCAUAUCAGUUGUUUCCACUAUUACAGUUACUGUUAGCGGCAGCCAGCCAACUACCGUCAGCUUAACCACCACCAGCACCAGCAGCUCUGCUCCUACGUCCACUUCUGCUCCUGGCUGUCCCAAGACCGUCGGUACUCAAGGUCAACUCAGUCUCGGAGGCUACUCUCUCGGCUACCUAACCCCAAUCACCUUUGGUUCCGAUCCCCUCUACUGGACCCCUCUCGGCGGCUUCCAGGACGAGUUCAUUUACGACACGACCGGAGACUUCCUCUACCACGUCGAUACAGGCUACUGUCUCACGCUCGGCGACCCCACCGCCACAAAGUCGCCCAAGUAUGUCAACAGCCCCUUCACCCUCGAGGCAUGUUCGUGCUCGACCAGCACAACCGUGACACAAAGCUUUACCUUCAACAAGCUCAAGGUCAAGAGCGGCAAGACCCAGAUGACCAAGAACUGUCUGGCCAUCAAGGGAGACAACUCGGGCAGCAAGUCUUACUACCCCAAGCUUGUUGACCAGGGCGAUGAUGAAUACCCCUUCUCUGCUGUUUAUGCCGGUACACAAUUGGAUACUUGCAUCACCUUUGAGGCUGAUCAGUAG